GCUGUCAAGUCAAAUCAAUCGGAUUCCGUCAUAAUUUUGAGGUGUGGUGGAAGUUGUUGUGAUUUACAUUUUUUAACAAAUGGUGGAUAAAUGUCUACAAAGCCAAUAAAAAUGCCGUCGGCAACCAAAGAGAAAGAUUCGACCAUUUUGAAAAUUGCUGUGGAAAUGCUAAAUGCGCCCGACAAGGUGCCACAGCUGAUAGAGUUCGAUCAAAGUCAGCCCUUGUCGAGUAUCAUACAGCUCCUGUGCAAGCCGUGGGGUCUCCUUGACCCCGACAACUACGCGCUGCAGUUCUCCGAAAGCAAUAACCAAAACUAUAUAACAGAAAAAAACCGCAACGAGAUUAAAAAUGGGUCUGUGUUGCGACUUGAGCAGUCCCCAGCAAAAACAGUGCAGGACAUCUUGGCUAAAAUCAACAAAGGAUCCGAAGCAGAGCAAACCGCUGCGCUGACCAAGUUAUCAACUCUAAGCAGCGAUUUAACAUUCGCAUUAGAAUUCAUCAACAAAAAAGGUCUCUCUUUGAUCAUAAAUAACAUCGAAACUGGCAGAUUCAAAGGCAAUUGCCUCAAGUACGCUCUCGUGACGUUUGUUGAACUUAUGGACCAUGGCAUUAUUUCGUGGGAUAUUUUGGAAAAUCAGUUCAUCAAUAAAGUGGCCAGUUUCAUCAGCAAUCAGACAAGCACACAAGACCCAAAAGUAAUCCAGUCAUGCCUCUCCAUACUUGAAAACAUUGUACUCAAUAGUUCAGGGAAAAACCAACAUGUUGAACAGGAAAUUACUAUGCCCAGUUUAGUUUCACAUUUGCAAAACCCAUACCAAGACAGUAUCAUACAACAGAAUGCUAUUGCCCUCAUUAACGCCAUAUUCUCCAAAGCAGACCAUACCAAAAAGAAAGCCAUUGCAGCAACAUUAGCAUCUAAGCAAGUUCGGAAUGUAAUUUAUGAAAAUCUUAUUGGUGCAAGUGAAUUCUCAAAAAAUGCUUCCAAAGAGGCACUUGGUACAGAAUUAGCACACCAACUGUAUGUGCUCCAAACACUCAUGCUUGGCUUAUUGGAGCCCAAAAUGAGACAACGAGCAGACUCCCAGGAGCAAGAAUCCCAAGAAAAAAUUAAAGAAUUGAGGAAAAUUGCCUUUGAAAAUGACAACAAUUUCAACAUUGAAGUAACCACAAGACGUCAAUUGGGAAGCUUUUCAAAGGACUUCAAAAAACUUGGAUUCAAAUGUGAAAUUGAUCCAAUAAAAGAUUUCAAUGAAGUCCCACCUGGGGUGCUAGCAUUGGAUUGUAUGCUUUAUUUUGCUAGGAAUUAUCCUGAGGAUUAUACAAAGAUUGUUCUAGAAAACAGCUGCCGUGCUGAUGAGCAUGAGUGUCCGUUUGGCAAGACAAGUGUUGAGUUGAUCAAGCAGUUGUGUGACAUUCUUCACAUUGGGGAGCCUCCCAGUGAACAGGGCCAGACAUAUCACCCUCUGUUUUUCACCCAUGACCAUCCUUUUGAAGAGUUAUUCUGCAUCUGUAUUGUAUUACUCAACAAAACAUGGAAGGAAAUGAGAGCAACAACAGAAGACUUCAUAAAGGUGUCCAGUGUAGUCAGGGAACAGAUAAAUCGGGCACUGUUAUCAGCUCCCAAAGGAAUUGACAAGUUCAGACAAAGGAUAAACCAGCUCACAUACUCAGAAAUCACACAAAUAUGGCAACAGGAACGCAACAACAGGGAAGUGUGGGAGUCUCAUGCAAGGCCUAUUGUGGAAUUGAAAGAGAAAAUAACGCCAGAAAUAAUAGACUUGAUCCAACAGCAGAGACUUGGUGUAUUGGUUGGUGGUACAAGAUUCAAAAAGUACUCCCCGAGAGCACAAAGGAUAAAAGACAAGUUUUGGUUUGUCCGUUUAUCACCUAACCACAAAGUUUUACAUUAUGGUGACUGUGACGAAAAAAGUACACCCAGUUUAGAGGAGUUGGGCAGCAAGUUGCCAGUUGCAGAAAUAAAGUGUGUUGUUGUAGGCAAAGACUGUCCCCAUAUGAAAGACUUGAAAGGGAGAAAGAUAAACCUGCACUUAGCAUUUUCUUUGAUUCUUAAGUCAGCAGAAGUACCUUCCUUGGACUUUGUGGCACCAGAUGAACAGAUAUUUGAUUACUGGACGGAUGGGAUAAAUGCUUUGCUAAAAGAGAAAAUGUCCAGCAAAUCAUUUGAAUGUGACCUGGAGACUUUGUUGUCUAUGGAUAUUAAAGUUAGGCUGCUUGAUGCUGAAGGUAUAGAUAUUCCCCAAGACCCUCCUCAGAUACCUGAGGAGCCAGAUGACUAUGAUUUCCAUUAUGAUGUAUAACUAGUUAAGGACCUGGGAGUUUGGGAAUAGAUAAUUUUAAUACUUUGAUACUUCUCAGUAAAAUUGGCUCUAGUUUGAGAUAUUUAUAAUAGAUUAUCUGACUGAUAUCAUAUUUUUGGUGAAAACUUAAGAUCUUCCAUAAACCUAGAGGUUAGAUCCUUAUUCUGACAGAAAUUUUAAAAACCUCUCCACAAAAGUUGAUUACAAGUUAUUUGUAACUUUUAUGUAUCACUAGCUUUCCGCCCGCGGCUUCGCCCGCGUGGAAUUUUGUCUGUCACAGAAAAACUUUAUCGCGCGCGUCCCUGUUUCAAAAACCGGGAUAAAAACUAUCCUAUGUUCUUUCCCGGGACUCAAACUAUCUCUAUGCCAAAUUUCAUCAAAAUCGGUUGCGAGGUUUAAGCGGGAAAGCGUAACAGACAGACAGACAGACAGAGUUACUUUCGCAUUUAUAAUAUUAGUUGGGAUUUUAUUAGAUUAUUCAAAUGAGAUUAGAUUGUAAAAUAUUUACAAUGUGUUUAAACCUUGAUUUUUAAUGGCUAUGCUUAUAGCUAGCGACUAUGACGAAUAUUAGGAUGUCCAUUCCAUAAUUGGCACCACUAUCUUUGCAUCGCCGAAGCAUUUCCGUUCUUUGUCAUUCGGCGAGUGCGUAACUUAUACGACGCCUACAUAGCGACAUUCAUUUAUAAUGACUUAGUUAAUUAAUAUUUUUCAAUGUAUGUAAUCAUGAUAUUUUCUCUUCCAUGGAUGUAAUAAUCAUUUCAAAAAGACUUUUAAUUGUAUAAGAUUAAAGCACAAAGUAUUUUAAGUUUAAUUAUUAAGAUUAUUACUAUAAAUAAAUAUGUAUAAUUUAAAGGCAACACAUAUUUUAUCAAUUUAAUAUUGUAUUCUGAAUUUCCAAUUACACUUUGUAUUGACUGACUUUUAUCAACUUCCAUUAAGUAGUUUACAUAAGUAUUGUGGCCAUAUUCCAAUAUUAUAUUCUAUUUUAUAUACCAAAGAUCACGAACAAAAGAUAUUUAAAAAGUGUAUGUACAAAUAAAUGUUUUAUCUGAA